GGACGCGGCGCCAUGGCGGAGCUCGGCGCUCACCUCACGGCCGCCUCGGCCGGCGAUGACCGCCCCUCCAUCUUCGAGGCGGUGGCCCAGGACAGCCUGAUGGCCGCCGUGAAACCCGCUCUGCAGCACCUGGUGAAGGUGCUUGCCGAGUCCAAUCCUGGCCGAUACGGCUUCCUCUGGCACUGGUUUGAUGAGAUCCACGUCCUCCUGGAUUUGCUGCUCCAGCAGCACUACCUGGCCAGAUGCAGUGCCUCCUUUUCUGAAAACUUCUAUGGCUUGAAGAGGAUCUCAGUAGGAGGUUGCAGACAGCAGUCUCUGGCCACUGCUGGCCUGCCAAAGAGGCAGCACUGGAAGUCUCUCCUCCUGCUGGUUCUUGUUCCUUACCUAAAAGGAAAACUAGAGAAGCUGGUGUCCAGCCUGAGGGAAGAGGAUGAGUACUCCAUCCAUCCUCCAUCAUCAUCAUGGAAACGCUUUUACAGAGCCUUUCUAGCUGCCUACCCCUUUGUAAACAUGACCUGGGAGGGCUGGUUUCUGAUCCAGCAGCUGUGUUAUAUCCUUGGGAAAGCUCAGCAUCAUUCCCCCAUGCUGCGGCUGGCUGGUGUUCGCCUGGUCAGACUGACUGCAGAGGAUCUCCAGGCUCUGGAGACAAAAUUGCCUGGAGCCACCUCGGGUCGAACACACAGCAUCAAAGCACAAGUGCAGUCGGCAGUGAGGAAAGCGCUGGCUGGCGUUGCCUUCUCCCUGUCCACCGGGCUGUCCGUCAGCGUGUUCUUCCUCCAGUUCCUGGACUGGUGGUACUCCUCAGAAAACCAAGAGACCAUCAAAUCUCUGACAUCACUCCCGACUCCUCCACCCCCUGUGCACCUGGAGCAGGGGGCUGGCUCAGCUCUCUUACCCAGACUGAAGACCGUGUGCCCUCUGUGCCGCAAAAUCCGCGUCAACGCCACGGCCCUGGCCACGUCCGGCUUCGUCUUCUGCUACCGCUGCAUCUACACCUACGUGAAGGCUCAGCAGCGCUGCCCCAUCACGGGCUACGCCACAGAGCUGCAGCACCUUGUCAGACUCUACUCUCCUGAGAGCUGAAAGGCCUGCCCCCUGCUUCAGGGGGAUACGUGUCUGGGUAGCAGUGAGCCUAAACUCACCCCAUCUUAUGGCCCAUAGAGGAUUCCUGACCACUGCAGCUUGUCUGAGUUCUAAAGCUCCUUUGAGCUUGGUGAUAUGUCAGAGUUUUGCUGCCUUUGUGAAUUCUGGAGCGAGGCUCUCCCCUUUGUUUUAUCAGCUGUUCCAACAGCCUGUGACAGCUUCAGAGGGACUGGACAGCCACAGUUUGUCAUCUGGUACAGAAAUGCCUUCAAAGACCAAAGGAAAGGGAAGAAACAAGGAUUUGGAUAAGAAGAAUGCAGAUGUGAGGAUCAAAGAGCAUCACUGGUUCAAGUCCUGCUCCAGGGCAUGAGCCAGCACAUUAAAGAGGUAGGGACAAUUCUGAGGCGAGUUCCUGUCCUUUAGGAGCUCCCCAGGCACUCGUGCUGCCCGGGGCAAGCUCCAGCACUAGAACUUGUCAAGGAGAUAAAGAUGGGCUUAAACUUCUCUGAUCCUGCUAUUCUUGGGUCUCCCUGCACUUUCAGGCUACUCACCUUUGAAUUGAGAACAUCACACUCUUAAUUCCCAUCAACAGUUCUAAAUUCAGGCUUUGGAGUGGUUAAAGAACAAGAGGUGUGUUCAAACCAGAUCCAACUGGGAGGUUACUUUUCUGCACGAGGGAGAAAAACAGCAAACCAGACCAAAGCAGCAACUGUGGCAAAUGAAUGCAGUUGCUUUGUGUUAAAUAAGUCUUUGAAUCUGUUAUGAUGUGUUUUUAUAAAGCAAAAUUCUUUCUCGA